AUGACCCGCGUCACGUGGGGCUGCCGAACGGGAGAUGGGGCGGCCGGUGGGGGGGGUCCGGAGCCUGCGCCUGGGUCCUGCGGCUGCUGCUCGGGCUGGCGGCCGGGCGGGGCGGCGCGGCGGGGCGGAGCGCGACACUGCCGGGGGGUGGGCUGGCGCAGUCCGGUCCGGUGGUGCCGGGUCCCUGUCCGGACACUGCCGGGGGGGGGGCUGGCGCGGUUCGGUCCGGUGGUGCCGGGUCCCUGUCCGGACGCUGCCGGGGGGGGCUGGCGCCGUGCGGUCCGGUGGUGCCGGGUCCCUGUCCGGACACUGCCGGGGGGGGGGCGUGGCGCGGUCCGGUCCGGUGGUGCCGGGUCCCUGUCCGGACGCUGCCGGCGGGGGGCUGGCGCGGUCCGGUCCGGUGGUGGUGGGGCCGGGCUGAGCUCAGACAGACGCGGGCUGGGAUCAGCCCUGCAGGCCCCAGGCUGGGUCCCGGAGCGGGGCCAGGCACCACGGGGGGUGGGUGCAGUUUGGGGGCCUGCUCCUCCCCUGACUCCUCCUGUCUCCCCCCAGCUCUGCAGCGUCUGCCCGGGCCCGGUGCGGAACGGCUCCAGCGUGGCCGGUUACUGCGCGGCGCGCCCGGCCUUGGAGCUGCAGGGGCGCUGCUGCCUCAGCAGGGAGCCGGAGCUGGAGCUGGAGCUAGGCAUCAUCGUGGGGCUGGAUCUGGGCAACUGCUCCCUGGUGUCCCUCUGUGCUGGGUUCCCAGAUGCCAGCACUGCUGUUGUCAUUGACCUGACUGAGAACCCCUUGGAGAACAUCCCCAACACCUCCUUCCAGGGCUUCACCAGGCUGCAGAGCAUAUCCCUGCCGCGUGCCCUGGAGUGCCCUGGAGGGAGCAUGGCCUGGGACCUCAACACCACCCAUGGGGACAGCCGUACCUGCCAGGGACAGAGGAACCUCUGCAACAGCUCGGGGGAGCUUGCCUGGCUGUGCCCAGAGAACUCCCAGUGCAGCCCUGACGGCCCCGGGCUCGUCCAGUGCGUGUGCUCCGGGCGCUACCAUGGCUACAAGUGUCUGCGUGAGGGCACCUUUCCCCUACUGCUCUUCUAUGGGACCCUGGGAGCCGUGACGACCACCCUGUCCCUGCUGGCCUGGGGCAGCCAGCGCCGGAAAGCCAAGGCCUCCUGAGCCCCUCCUGCAGGACAGGGAAAGGACGGAGUCCGGGCUGGAGGACCUGCACGGGGGCUUCUGCCCAGCCACUGAGCUCGCCGUGGU